GACAGAGUCACACUAACCUAAAAAUAAACCCACGAAGAAGAAGCAGCUCCGGAUACUUCCGCCAGCAGUUGGCUGACUUCACGGAGGUUAACAUGCUGAGCUUCUUCUGACAGCUGACUCUCACACUCCACAGCUCUGUGGACGUUUUACCAGCAGCAGCUUCACCAAACAUCGGAGGGAUGCCGCCUUUAAUUUGCGCUGAGUUGGUCCAGAAUCCGGUGCAGCUCUAUCGAUAUCUCCUCCGCUGCUGCAAACUGUUACCAAGCGCAGCGAUGCAGAAACAUUACAGACACACCAUCAGACAGGGUUUCAACAGCCACUCGGAUGAAGACGACAAGGAGAGGAUCCAGCUGAUGAUCCAGAGAGCGAUCGAAGAUGCAGACUGGAUUCUUGAUAAAUACACCAAGAAGAAGUGAGGCUCUGAGAGCGUGAUGUCAUCCUUCGGUGGAUGUUCGGCUUCUUCUUGUUACUCCUUCUUUUUGAUUGUGAUCGUGUGCAAAAAGCCAUGAUGAAGCAGCGUCUCCCUCCAGAAGUUUAAAAGUGUAAAUACUGUUAUGUGUUGUUUCUUUUUCAAUAAAUGAAUGCUUAUUUAAAGAA